AUGGAUAUAGAAGAAUUCAAAAAAUUUGCAAGAAAUAAAAUUGAAGCUGACGCUUUGACUCAACAGGUUAGAGAUGUUAUAAAAACAACAAAAUGGCAAAAACAAGAUAUGCGGGAAGGAUUUAAAGAGACAUUUAAACCACUUAUUAAAUCUCAAGAUUCUAUUAAAAAGAGUAUCGACGAACAACAAAACGCAACUAUAGCACAGCUCAAAGCUAAUCAACUUGCUCUUACACAGGGGCUUAAUCAAAACAGGAUGGCUAUAACUGAGGGAUUUGAUAAACGUGAUGAAGUAAAAAAAUGGGAUUUGGCUCAAUUACCUGGUUUUGAGGCGAUUGAAGAGCCAAAAGAAGACGAAAAAGACGAAGAAGACAAAGAAGUUUUACCAUCUUCAUCAGAUGAAAAACCAAAAAUAGCAAAAUUUACGCCCAAAGACUUGGAUAGAAAUUUAAUGAACAAAGAAGCACAAGAUAUACUAAAAUUGUAUGGUUAUGAUUAUCUACCUUCUGAGUAUUUAGAAGAGGAUGCUUCUACUAUUGACAAUUUAAUUGAUGGUGUUAAUGAAGAUUUAGAAGAGACUAAUAAAGCAAUAAAAAAUACUGCAAUUAUUACACGUGACCCAAACGGUUAUUAUUUAGCUAAACCAGUAAGUAACAAACCACAUAAAAACACAUUAGAUUUAAUAAAAAAAUAUAACACAUUAAGCAUUUAUGCAUCAAAUUUAAGUCUUCUUAAGUAUUACAAAACAAAAUCUGGGUCUGGGAUGAUUUACUUUAAUAACCCACAUCAACUUCUAAACAGACUUGAAUUACUUGGUGGUUCAAUUCUAGCUGGGAAUAAUGGUGUGAUACCUGAGUUUUCUCAAAUAGCACAUCUUCUCAACCAAAUGAAAGUGAUCUCAAAAAAACAGCUAAAUGACUUAUUAAGGGGGGUUGCACCCCCCUAACACCCCCUGCUGCUACGCCGCACUAAUGUAAGCAUAAGAUAAAAUGGAAGAACGAGCUAUUCACAUUUCUUCGAUAAACAGAGAAAAAAGAGGAACAAGCAGACCUGGUGAUUUUACUAUCAAAUUUAACCCAACUUUGAAACUUGACUCUGAAAAGAAACAUCAACUUGCUCUUGAUCGAUUGUCCAUGACUUAUUCUUGGUACAACAUUAGAAGUGAUUAUAAAAACAAUAAAAUCAAAUACACUCAUGAUGGAACCAACUGGCAAACAAUUACUUUUACAGAUGGAAUGUAUUCCUACUCAGAUAUCAAUGAUUACAUUCAUCAGUACAUGGAUCAAAAGUCUCAUCACACAACAGAUUCUAAAGGUACAAAAAAGUACUCCAUCAAUUUGACUUUUGUGUUAUCUACCUAUCGAGUUCUCAUAUCACUUGAUGGUGAUUAUCAACUUGAUCUGAGAGGAACAGAAUUUGGAGACCUGAUUGGAUUUGAAAAGAAACUCAUUACUAAAACAGAGUAUGGAUCAAAACUACCAAAUAUCACAAAUUCGAUUGAUGUGUUAAAUAUCAACACAACCGCAAUAACAGAUAGCAUAGUAAAUGGAAUAAAUACAAAUACCAUUGCUGUGAUACCAACCGAUAAUCUAACAAGAUCUUAUCCAUUUACGUUUGAGCCUAAAAGACCAUUGUAUUGUCCUGUUUCUUCAUUUCACAUUGAUGAAAUGAGAAUAUAUGUCACAGAUUCACUUGGAAGACCUGUAAAUUUUAAUGGUAUAGAUUGGUUUAUGACUUUGAUACUUCAUAGUAUGUAAUAAGGGGAACCUACGGACAAGCCCUUCGGGCACCCCUCAACACCCCUCCCUUUAACGAAAUUGAGAUGAUAGAAUUGAUAUAAUAUACUAUUAUAAUAAAAAUGACGAGACAAUCAGAGUAUAAAAAGAGAUUUGACCCUGAAUUGGGUAGUUUUACAAAACAACAUAUUUAUGGCGAAGGAAUAACAGAUGUUUUUAAAUCGUUUGGAUCAAAAUUAUUUGGAAAGACAGUUAAAAAAGCUGCUAAAAAAGGCGUUGAAAAAGCAGUAACAGCAGCCGCAACAAAAACCGGUGAACAUGUUGGCAAAAAGGCCGGUGAUAAAAUAGUGAAAAUGUUAUCAAACGGGGGGGUUGCACCCCCCCGAAACCCCCCUGCUAAAAAAGUUACUUUUAAUAAAAAUGUCGGGGCGGUAUCUCAAAAAGAGAUAGAUCAAAUGUUGAAUAACCUUCUUAGUGGGGGUUCAACACGUAAGAUUAAGGGGAACCUACGGACAAGCCCUUCGGGCACCCCUCAACACCCCUCCCUUUUUAGCAGCAGGGGGUGUUAGGGGGACGCAGUCCCCCUUAUAGGGGGGUUUUGGGGGAACCGUAGGUUCCCCCACCCCAUAAAAUUAUAUAAUUAUUAAAAUAAAAUGAAGUCUUUUAGAAAUCCAAAAUAUUUAGACAGAUAUGAAGACGUUGUUUACGACCUGGAACAGACUUUAGAUGCGGCUCCAGCAAAUGCCGCUCACCAAACUAAAACAGGUCUUAGAUUUGUAGCUGAUAACACAGGAGAAUCCACUCCUUUUGAUUGGUAUAACGCACGAUUAUCAAUGGAUUUUAAAGUAAAUAAGCUGGCAGAUGGAGGAAAUAUAGCAGUUGAUGACCAUAACGGAAUUGUAAAUGGUAGUAACUCUUUUAUAGAGAAAUUAAGUAUCCUAGCAAAUGGACGAGAAGUUUAUAGUUGUAAUUAUGCGAAUCAUGUUGUAAAUAUCAAGAAUUUACUUGAGUAUAAUCCUUCAUAUGCCCAGAGUGUUGCUACAAACGAAUUUUAUUUUCUUGAUACUUCAAGAGCCGCAGAGGAAAGACCUGCUCAAGCAACUUAUAAUAAAGGUUUUCAUAGUAGGAAAUUACUAUUAGGCGUAUCAGCCACAGUAAACUGUGAAAUUCCUCUUAAUAGAUAUUCUUUCUUUGAAGCAUUGGAAGAUAAACUACUUCCUAAUACAAAAAUCGAACUAAAUAUCGAGAUUGAAAAAGAUGCGAAUUUAAUUUUUCAAGGAGCUGAUGAUUGUAGAGUUAUUAUAACAAGACUACAACUUUUUAUUCCAAAACUUACGUUUAAUUCAGAAGGACAAAAGUUGUACAUGGAAAAUUAUCUUAAACCUUACAAAUGGACAUAUUUGAAUGAAGUAGUUGAAAGAUCAAAUAAUACACAGCAACAGACAGGUCAUUUUAGAAUUACAAAUGCUAUUUCAAAACCACGCCAUGUAUUUAUUUUUGGAAUUGAUACGGCAAGAAUUGAUUCUCAAACGGCGAAUCCAUUUUUAUACGACACUUUUGAUCUGCCAAAUAAUGCUAAUAUAUCAAGAUGUUACCUGGAAGUUGCAAAUGGAAACGAAUACCCCGAUAUUCACUUUAAACCCUCUACAGAUAUGUCAAGAGUUUUUAGAAAUGUAAUGUCAUACGUCUAUGCAAAUAAUGAUUAUCAAGGUGGAACCUUACUCAAUAGGAGUAAUUUCAAAACUUUGUUUCCUUUUGUGUAUUUUGAUUUGACUAAACAGAAAAUGGAUAUAAAAGACGGUGUUACAAAAUUAGCAUUUCAUUACGAAUUAUCUGCUAAUCCAAACGCUGAUUAUAAUAUUUACGCGCUAGUCUUACAUGAAAGAGUAGCAGAAAUAUCACAACAAGAUGGAAAACUAUUGCUUCGUGCAUAAGGGAAUCCCUACCUUAGAUACACCGCAUAUGAUUACACAGAAUUUUCCACAAGUUGUUAUGAUUACACAGAAUUUUUACACAAGUUGUUAAAGUUACACAACAUUUUUACACAACAUUCUACACAAGCUUUUAAAGUUACACAACAUUUUACACAUCAUUUUACACAUUUGUGAAAAAUUCUGUGUAAUCAUUUGAUUGGGGGGGUUGCAUCCCCCCCAAACCCCCCUGCUUCUAGAAGGUUCUAAUGACAAAGCAAUUUUUAAAAUUAGAUUUUGAAGAUAAAAUCUAAUUAUAUCAAACGGGGAAACCCCCUCCCUUCGUAGCGCCGCGUGAGGUUACACGUGGGGGAAAAAUACUCAAGCCCUUCGGGCACCCCCCAUAACCCCCUUUCCUUGUCUACACCACGUAAAAUAAGAAUUUUAGUAUAAACAUUAAAAUAAAAUGUCUAAUUAUAUGGAAUACGGAGUAACACUUACAGAUGGACAGAAGUCAAAACUAGCUUCUGCGAUAUUAAAUCAGUCACCUUUGACUCUUCGGUUAAAACAUUCGCAUCUUAGAGGAAAUGAUGAGUUAAUGUUGACAAAAAGACAGAUUGCCAAAAUAAAUAAAUCUAUUGCAAAUGGCACAGGAUCUGAUAUAAAAAUAAGUAAAACUCAAAUUAGAAAAUCUGUAAAACACGGAGGAAACUUAUUUUCAUCACUCGCAUCUCUUGGAGCAAAAGUUCUUCCUUUUGCAAUAAAAGGAAUUUCAAAAGCUGUUCCCGCAUUAGCUACAGGAGCUGCCACUGCACUUGGUGAAAUAGGAUUAAAUAAAAUCUUCGGAAAGGGGGGACACUACGGUAUACCAAUUACACCAGAGUUUUUCCCAAUGCUACCGCCAAUUGUAAGAGAAUUUACCAAAUCACAAAUAAAUCAAAUUAACAAAGCUUAUCAAUCAGGUAGUGGAGUAGUUAUAAAACCAACUCGUAAACAGAUAGAAGGAGGAUUUUUAGGUACACUUGCUUCUAUAGGAAUUCCAUUAGCAGUUAGUUUAGUAUCAAAGAUGCUUGGUGGGGGGCUUCAGGUUGAUAGACGUGGGUCAUCUAAUACAGCAAAUGUUUACGUUCCACCCACAGAUGGGGGAGGUUAUCCAUAUCAAUCACCUCCUUUUAUUGGAACAUGGUCCAACCCUAUAGGAAUGGGAGUGGGGGGGAUGCUCCCCCCCAAAACCCCCCUGCGCAAUAAAAAAAAAAACUCCAAAGGCAAGGGUUUACUAUUAGGAAAAAACAGCCCAUUCAACUCAAUUCCCAUACUAGGCACCAUUUUGUAAUUAAACCUCUAUCCAACUUUGACCUAAUGGAAUGGAUAAAAAGACUUGGUAUAAAAAAUUUCAGAGGAAUAUAUAGUAGAGAUGCUUUACCAGGGAAAAUUAGAAAAGAAUGCGGAAUAAUUAAUCUGGAUGAUAUUCAAGGUCCUGGAACACACUGGGUUUGUUAUAGAAAUGGGGAUGGGGGAAAAUUACGUUUUCCCCCAAAACCCCCUUUCCUCUCAGCAUAUAAUGAAAACCCCCCUGCUGGUGGGGAGAGUGGUUUGUAUGAGUACUUCGAUCCGUUUGGUCUGAUAAUGCCAAAUGAAGUAUUAGACUAUUUUCACACAGGGCCUGUAAAACCUAUUGUGUACUCAAUGGAUGAAAUACAAAAUCGCAGCACUGUUCUAUGUGGUUAUUGGUGUUUAUAUUACUUAUUUGAGAGACAGCGGGGUAAUAGUAUUUUAGAUGUAAUACAUAACCCACAUUUUGAUAAUGAUAACAGCGAUUUCAUACAAAAAUAUUUUGGCGGGUGAACCUACGGUUCCCCCGAAACCCCCUCCCUUGGCUACGCCGCGUAAUGUAAAAAUAAUAUUUAACAAAUAUUAUUUUUUUAUUAUAUAAGGGGGACUGCGUCCCCCUAACACCCCCUGCUGCUACGCCGCAUUAGUUUACAGAAUUAAAUAAUUUCCUCGUACAACAUUUUUAAGCGUAUUAGAUUUCUCACUUAUUUCCAUAAGCAACUCAAAUACUUUUAUAAAUUUAUUAUCGUUUUCCAAUCUAGCAAAAUCAGCGUAUUCAAAACUCAUGUUUAGGCUAUUGUAUAUCUUUUGAAGCUCACUUUUGAGAAAAUUCGAUCUAGUAGACAUUUUUUAUCUAUACUAUAUAUAAAAUGAAAGAAACUUAUUGUAUCGUAGAUAAAAGAGUAACUCCUUGUACUGAGCCAAGUGGUUACCAACAAGAUAAAAGAGGUAGAACUCAAUUCUUUUGUAGAUGCGCAGUUUGUGGAAAUAAAAAAGUAAGAUAUGUUAAAACGGGAACAGCUUCUCAAACUGGAAGUGGAAAAAGAAAGUCAAAAAACUAAUUAGCCCGUCUGAAGGGGCGGGCGUCUUUGAUACAGUUGUUGGUACAGCAGUUGAUGGAUUUGUACAUUACGGGCUUCCUUGGAUGGGUAAAAAAGCAGUUGAAAUGGGGCGAUAUGGAGCAAGUGAGUUAAUGAGAAACAAAAAUCUUCAGAAGAAAGCUGUAAAUUAUGGAAUUAAUAAACUCACUCCAUUUAUUCAAGAUUCUGUUGGAACAGCAAUGGAUCAGCUGUCAACAAAAGUGAGACCAAAGAAAAACUAUAAAACUGACAGAAAAGAUUUGGAUGGAGGUGCGAUAGAUAUACACAAGCAAAUUGGUAAAUUACCAAAACCAAAAGGUGGAUGGACCUUGCCAGGACAUAAAUAUACAGGCCCUUAUAAUGAUCUUGAGAACCAAGUAAGAUAUGAUCCGGAAACCGGUGAAAUAUUAGAAAUUUAUGAUCAACCAACUGGGCCAACCGAUGCUGUUGCCAUGCAGCAUGAUGUUGAUUAUAGUGUUUGUGGUGAUGACCGAAAGUGUAAAAAUAAAGCUGACAUCAAGAUG